GAGGGAGUGGACGCGGAGUCGGAGGGCCCGAAGGGGGCGGCCGGAGCGGCAGCGCCCGAGCCGCGGGCCUGGGGCCCCUCACGGCUCCGCGAACCCUGGGCGGGCAGAUAGCGCGGGCGGGGUCCUUAUCCGCCUCCACGCCGGGCGCCGGCCGGGGAACCCGGAGACCUCUCCCUCCAGCUCUCUCGGCCCUCUCGCGGGUGGGUCCUGGGCCCUGGGCGGGGACCUCACCGGCCCCACCCCGUCCGCGGGCUCUGCGGGUUUCCCCUGGAGCAGCGGCCCGGACCGGGGGUGGAACGUGGAACCUGGGGGGCUGCCGCAGAGCAGGUGCAGCCCCGUCAGCCUGUCCGAUCCCCCUCCCCCACCGCGCCCCCUACCCAGGCUACGCCCAGGUUUCCUAAUGGGCCGGACCGUGGUCGUGCUGGGAGGAGGCAUCAGCGGCUUGGCCGCCAGUUACCACCUGAGCCGGGCCCCCUGUCCCCCCAAGGUGGUCCUGGUGGAGGCCAGCGAGCGUCUGGGAGGCUGGAUCCGCUCAGUCCGAGGGCCAGGUGGUGCUAUCUUUGAACUUGGACCUCGAGGAAUUCGGCCGGCGGGAGCCCUGGGGGCCCGGACCCUGCUCCUGUUUCUCCUCUUCCUGAGGAUGUGUGGAGAGCAGGUUUCUGAGCUUGGCUUGGACUCAGAAGUGUUGCCUGUCCGGGGAGACCACCCAGCUGCCAAGAACAGGUUCCUGUACGUAGGUGGCGCCCUGCAUGCGCUGCCCUCCGGCCUCAGGGGGCUCUUCCGCCCUUCACCGCCCUUCUCCAAACCUCUGUUUUGGGCUGGGCUGAGGGAGUUGACCGCGCCCAGGGGCAAAGACCCUGAUGAGACUGUGCACAGUUUUGCCCAGCGCCGCCUUGGACCCGAGGUGGCGUCUCUAGCCAUGGACAGCCUCUGCCGAGGAGUGUUUGCAGGCAACAGCCGAGAGCUCAGCGUCAGGUCCUGCUUUCCCAGUCUCUUCCAAGCCGAGCAAAGCCAUCGUUCCGUUUUACUGGGGCUGCUGCUGGGAGCAGGGCAGAGCCCGCAGCCAGACUCCGCACUCAUUAGCCAGGCCCGAGCCGAGCGCUGGAGCCAGUGGUCCCUCCGAGGAGGGCUGGAAACGUUGCCCCAAGCCCUUAACACCCACCUGACUAGUAGAGGAGUCCGUAUUCUCAGAGGCCAGCCCGUCUGUGGGCUCAGCCUCCAGGCAGACAGGCGCUGGAAGGUGUCUCUAGGGGACAGCAGUCUGGAUGCUGACCACGUUAUUAGUGCUGUUCCAGCUUCAGUGCUCGGCAAGCUGCUCCCUGCGGAGGCUGCGCCUCUGGCCCGGGCCCUGAGCGCCAUCACUGCGGUGUCUGUGGCUGUGGUGAACCUGCAGUACCGAGGAGCCCGUCUGCCCGUGCAGGUAGCUGUGACACAGGAACGAGAGGCAUGGGCUCAACCGGAACCUCUCCUUCCUGACCCGGUCUCCUCCUCGCCCCAGGGAUUCGGACAUUUGGUGCCAUCCUCAGAAGACCCGGGCGUCCUGGGAAUUGUGUAUGACUCGGUUGCUUUCCCUGAGCAGGACGGAAGCCCCCCUGGCCUCCGAGUGACUGUGAUGCUGGGAGGGUCCUGGUUACAGACACUGGAAGCCAAGGGAGCCGUCUUAUCUCCAGAGCUGCUCCAACAACAGGCCCAGGAAGCAGCUGCCACCCAGUUAGGACUGAAAGAGCCACCCAGCCACUGCUUGGUCCAUCUACACAAGAACUGCAUCCCCCAGUAUACACUAGGCCACUGGCAAAAACUGGAGGCAGCUACGCAAUUCUUGGCUUCGCAGAGGCUGCCCUUGACUCUGGCCGGAGCCUCCUAUGAGGGGGUUGCCGUCAACGACUGUAUAGAGAGCGGACGCCAGGCAGCAGCCCGGGUCCUGGGCUCGGAACCGGACAGCUGAUCCCCAACUCCCACCUCGUCCUGGCCCCGCUGGUGGCAGUUCUUGACCCACGAGAAUAAAAGUUGCUGGAGCCUGGCUGGA